AUGCACGAAUAUCAUCAUAUUGAUUUCUUCAAUAUUGUAAUUUCUGAGUCAUCUCAUAUCAUCAAAUAUCCUAAUAUGGAAAUUACUUAUAUGACCGCUAACGAAUCAAAUCCAAAUAUUUCUCAGGCUCAAUCCAAGGCAUUGAAAGUGUAG